AUUCGAGGUUCUUUCUUCGUCGUUUCUUCUGGGUCUCCUGCUUGCCUGCCUUUUCCAUGCGAGCCGAUCUCAUCGCCAUCGAUUGGAAAAGAAACCAUCUUAGCCGGGGGAAACGACGUGAUUAGCUUUUAUCGACACCCUUUUGUUUCCAUCGUGAAUUUGUUACUUUGGUUGAGGAUUUUAGCAGUUUGGUGUUUUAGACCAAGCUUGGUGAUAAUGAUGGUUCCUCUUCCUCAGAAACGGAACAUAGCAUUCCAUUACGACAUUAAUGCAAGCCUUGCUGAAGCAGGGUUGCGUUCCUUCUCCAUUACAGGAAGGCAGAAGAACCUCCGGAGGCUCCCUCAUAUUUUCAGUCGGGUUUUGGAGCUGCCUUUCCAUGCGGAGGCCGAUGUUUCUGUCCAAGAAGAUGAGGCCUGCUUCAGGUUUGCAUUGAUCACUGAUCAGAUCACUGGGGAUGUUGAAGCCCAUCUGGUGGAGGUCAUUCCUGGGGUGUCCAAGAUCAUAAUUCGUGGAGAGAACAUGCUCGAAUUGUCAUUCGACGAGCUGGAACUGGACUUAUGGCGGUUCAGGCUGCCACCAUCUACUAGGCCGGACCUCGCUAAAGCUGCUUAUAUAGCAGGAGAGUUGAUUAUCACUGUCCCCAAGAGUGCAGAUUGUUCAGAUGAGAGUGCUGCAGAAGGUGAAGAAGAAAAUGGUCCUAAUGGGAAAGAUGAUUGGCGUGAAGCUUCACCGGAUGCAGAGAUCAAUGGUGGUUAUGGAAGUGGAGAUGGAGGAGCAUCGACUAACGGGUCAGCCAAAUUGCAGGAACUAGAUUGCAAAGUGAAUGUUGGAAGCUCAAUUAUCUCUAGGCUUGAGCCGCUUGUUCUUGUACAGUGAGGCCUCUUUGCGGCAACUCUUUGUUUUCCUCUGGGGCUUGAAAAUGUGCCUCAUGUCUGACUCAUCCUUCUGGUCAUCCUUUAUUGCGUUUUUUUUGCUUAAAGUGAAUACAUACUGCGUCCUAGUACUGAGUCAUAGGCUUCUUUCAACUGUAGUUGUGUUUCUCCCUGCAAUCGCAAGCGAGCAACCAACUGUUGUUGAUCUCUCUGUAACUAUGAACUAUCCAUUGCUUUCUGCAACUUGAGAAAUUCAAGGCACCAAUCAGAUGCCUUUACAAAAGGAGGUGGUAUUUCGGGAAAAAAACACGGAUGUAGGACGUUUUCAGGAGUA